UCACAGAUUGUUCUGUUUGUCUCCCGUAUGAAUAUCAAUGAGAUAUAUAUUUAUUUAUCGUAACUAUUUUUAUGUGAUUAUUAAACGUAACAAAAAAAUUUAACAAAAUGAUGCGAUACGAGCGUGAAAAUGAACAGCUUAAAGACAAAUCACGUUGCGCGGGUGUCAGAGCUAAUUUAAAAAUGUGUUUAUUAGAAAGUGAUUGUUGUAAGAUCCAUAAAAAAACACCUAAAGAAUGUCUUAAAGUAACUGAUGGCAGUGUACCUGAUGAAUGCCAAUCAUUACGUAUACUUUUAUAUGAUUGCAAACGUUCGAUUAUUGACGCUAGAAGACGAUUUCGUGGUCCCAAAGGAUAUUAGAUAUUUUUUAUCGGCAACAAUAUAUCAUUUGGAACGAAUUUUUCUUAAUUAAGCUAAUGAAGAAAAACAAACAUCAGUUAGUUUUAAUUAUUUAUUAAUUACCUGUAAAAAAAUUAUUUAUAAUAAUAUUAAUAAUAAUAAUAACUACAAUAAAAAAAUCUCAGGAAUAAUUGGUCGA